UUUUUAUAGCACACUGUAUGUGUGUGUUUCUAUUUUCUUCAGCUCUAACAGGCACAUGACAUAACCAGGGGGUUUUGCUUUUUAUCAUGAUUGGAUUAAACGGAGAGGAUGGAACAUGAGCUUCAUCCAGAAGAUCAAGUUCUCAAGUGUGAGUGGGAACAGACCCAGCUGCAACAAGGAUAAAACAGAAUCCAGUCUCCCAUUGUUCCAGCUUAGAUUCACAUGGUCUACACAGCAUAAAAAUGUUCUCCUGUGUGACAAGAAGUGGUCAAUGUUCUUCUGAGCCUGAUGGACUGAAUGGAGAAGAACAAUUCAACAACUACAACUGCAGACUUCAUUCUCCUUCACUGGAGAAAGACUGCCACAUUUCUAGCAACUCCAGAGGAGACCGGACCUCUGACACUUCCAGUUCUUACCGUUCAGCACUGGGCUCAGAGGAAGCUGAGAGUUUUAAGGACUGUGUUGAGUACUUUGAAGAAGCUGGAGAUUGUACCAAGCAGUGCACCUAUUGUGACUCUGAAUAUGAACAAGGAAGCAUAACAGCAGCACAGAUCCUUUCUGCAGCUCAAACAAAUCCUGCUGACAGGAGCAAGAUUUCCAAGGUUACAGCCAGCCAUGGGACUUUGAAUAGUUUCAGCAGCAUUUUAAAAGAUGACCCAUGCAGUGCAAAGGGGAAUACUUAUGCUGUUACAUCUGGAGGAGUUCAAGCUGAUUUUCCUCUACAUAGGUGUGAGACUUUUGGAGACUCAUUGCCAAUCCAAGGGGCAAGAGCACAGAGCCUGCAGGCAGACCGCAAUGGUACUAUAAAAGAUCAAACCUGCAGAGACAAACUCUCUUCCAGUGGUAAGGAAAAGCAACAGGUUCAGAUGUCAAUCAAAGCUAAGAAUAGCCCAGACCCAGUGUGCAGUGAUAGAAUGGGUCUAGUCACAAGAAGGCUGCAGCCAGGAGACAGCGGAUCUAAAUAUUUGGAUAAUCCUAUGCAAUUCAGUUCUGAUAAAUCCAAGGAAAUGUUACCUAAUGCACGCAAGCUGAAGAAAAGUGGCCUUGGCAGUCGAGCUCAUGGUCCUGUAAGUAGCAAACCAGCAUGUCCCAAAUAUUUUGUUGAAAAUCCAAGUGUUUUGAGUGACUCUGAUGAGGCUGAUAAUGAAGUAGAGAAGCUUACUGCUCUGUCUUUCCAGAGUCUCUCAUGUCCGCAAGGCAGCUACCUAGAUAUGUAUAGUUCCAGUAACAGGACAUCAUCCAGCUUGUCUAAUUCCUUGCCAGAAGAUAGUAAUGGAAUGAACAGGUGGCCGUCAUGCGGCGACCAGAGGAAAACAGUCGUGGUUGGCUACACAAAAGGAAACCGGCUAUUCCCAACAGCCAGCAAAGCCCCAGAAACAGGACUGCUCGCUGGGGGGUUGGGGAAGGAGCACUUUGAAUGUGUUGAUGUCACACUAGAGAAUGCUGAUGGCAAAAAGAGCCUCUCCAAAAAGAGAGUGGUGCCCAAACGCCAGAUCCAGUUGAGACGGAAGGAGAAGAAGGAGGUAGGCUUUUGUGCUGCAGGCGACUGUGCUGCCCUCCAGCCAUUAACCCAACCACGGAAAGAGUCAUGCAUGAAAGUUAGAAAUAUCAGUGAUGAGUUUAGGACAAAUUAUAAGCAGUUUCUGAAAGCAGCCUCUUUGAGCAAUGCUUACAACAAAACUAGGAUGGCUUCCAGUUUGGUGAAAAAUGUUUUGGCUAAAAAAAUGCAAUAUGAACAAAGGAUUAAAAUGGAGCAAGCAUCUAUCCAGGGGAGCUCAACCUCUUCCGUCCCUUCCUCCAUAAGUACUGACAUCCAAGGGGACAGUUUAGAAGGCAAGUCAAGUUCUCUGUCCAAGUCAGACUGCAGUUUUUCAACUGAAGAUGUGCAAAGCCAUUCCACCAGUGAGAGGUCAGAGUCCAUUGCUGUGAAUAAAGACGGCUUGGAUGCCUUGAGGCCAACAAAAGGAGUUGUGCUCAAUGAACAACUACGGGAGAAUGUCUGCAAACUGAAAAAUACAUUUGCUGAGCUGAAUGAGAGAAUGAAGUAUCAAGACGUCACUCAGCUGAAAAGACUCCCCAUUUUGGCAGAUGGUGGUGUGAAUAAAAAAGAAUCAAGCAACAUCAGAAAGCAGGUCACUGGGGAAAGAAAAGAAUAUAGGACAGCCCGAGCCGUGUUUGAGUCGCAGGGUGAUACAGAAAGCUUAGCUGCAGUUCCAAACUUUGCAAAGCCACAAAAGCCAUGGCCAAAUCUGAAGCAGCGCGCCAUUCGGCAGAAUAAGCACACUCAGUCAAAGGAAGAAAAGUUCCCCCUUAAACCUAAAAGCCUUUUGGUGCCCAAAGAUACUUUCAGGAACAUCUUCACAUCCAAAACCAAAGAAAUGAAACUCAUCCCUCAGAUCAAGAAUGAGCACAAUGCUCUGAAUGCCUUUAGGCACACGUCUUUGGAUAGAGUUUCCAAUAAUCGAAGGUUACCUACAUUUCAGAGCAUGAAACUUUCAUCUGUAAUUUUUCCAGCUUCUGGCACAUCACACGGUGGUGAAAAAUCUAUUCAUCCCAAAGCACCUUGCACAGAGGAGGCUAUUCAAAUGGAAAGUAAAGAAAAGGCAAGAAUACAUCAAACCAGAGGGGUAAGAAAAUUAGUAACAGACACCUACAGCCUUGGCUUUAAAUCAUCAGACAGCUCCAGUGUGGAUCAGACAUCCUAUUCUGAAAGCAAAAUAGAAAACAGUUUAGUUGUGUUGCCAAGAGAGUCCAUAGCUAUCUCACCUCUCUUCAUCCACUGCACCUCAAUAUGUCGGAAAGAUGAUGCACAAACAGCAAACAGUUCACAGGAGAAAAAACAAGAGCAAACUGAGGAUGUAGAUGUGUCAACGCUUUCUUUGCAUGAACAGGGCACAAGUAGCAGCGAAUCCCCUGAUAUUUUUAACCCCCCAGUAAAGACACAUGAAAAUGUAUCUGUAUGUCAUUCAGAAAGCAAAUGUUCUGCAGUGGGUGAAUCUGCAGUGCAUAUUACUACAAUUCAGUCCAAGAAACUUGUUCUUGAGAAUAAAGACUUUCAGACACAAGUUGAAAACAAACCAGUGCCUUCUGAGCGGAGUGAAUUAAAUGUCAGGCCUUCUUCUACAACCUCUAAGAAAGAGUCUCAGCUUAAUAUUAAAGUCAACAGUUCUCUCUCUAAACAGUCACACAGAACUGAAACUGAUUAUUUCCCAGCUUCAGGUUGUUCCAGAUUGGAUGAAAGGACAAUGAAUGAAGCAUUCUCAAUGUCUAAUCAUAGUUUGUUGAGAGAAAACAAAGAUGUUGCUUCAUCAGAGUGCAUUAGGAUUCCAUCUCCUACAUAUGCUCAGGAAAUCACAAAAAAAGAUAAUGGCUGUGCAACCACAAGCCGUAUUAAGGGACCUUGCAAAACCCAGGAAGCUGAGUUGCCCUAUCAGAAACAUUUAUCCAGUGAGAUCCUCUCAGUGGCUCCCAAAGAUAGUAAAGUUUAUUCUAGCCCUUUAAAAGAAGAAAAUAUGUUUUCUGAAUCUGGAUCACCUCAUGGAAGGUAUAGACACCCACAAGCCAUCAGGCCUCCAAUGUCAAGCACUCAAACUUUUCUGGCACAGACUCAAGCAAAUAAUAAUUUUGCUGACAGCACGUCUAAAACUACAAUACUGCAAAACACCAGACCCUUGGACAACCACAACAGAAUACAUUCGGAAUGUGUAAUUUUAGACAGCCCAUUAACAACAAGAGAGUAUAUUGAGGGAAUCAAGGUAAUAUCAAACUCGCCUUUUACACCAUCAACCUCCUAUGGAAAACUCCAUGACCCAGAAUGUGAUUACUUUAAUAAACAUCAGACAACAAAUGAACAGUAUUUUUCAGCUACGCAGGCUGACAACACAAAUUACUUAACAAUUCCAGUGAAAACCCAUCAAUCUGAGGCAACUGCUAAACACCCAGUGCCCUCGUACAUGGAUAACACAUAUUUUACCUCCAAUAUCUCCGUCCAGCCAAGUGGAGAAGCAUCUGGAAAUAAAAUAAGCAAUGACAUUUUCCCACCAAAACAAAUAGAAAGGAAGGCACCCUCCGAUAAUGUGUUAUACAAUAACCCAAGCCACGGGCAACUCCCCAUAAGACUUGAAGAGUCUCCCAGUUUCACGAAAAGAAAUGAGAUAACUCCACCAUCUGGUAAGAGUGCCUCAAGCCCAACUAGGCAUUUUGCUGGUGCUGGUGCUGGUGCUGGUGCUCCUCCUCCUCCUCUGCAGGCACAUAGAAAAAUGUUAGUUGAUCCAGAGAGUGGAAAAUGCUACUACGUGGAACCACCAAGGCAGCCUCAGUUAAAGAUGCUUUAUGACCCAGAAACAGGGCAGUACAUUGAAGUGCUCAUACCACCAGUCCCGCUAUCAUCACAUAGUGGGCUUUACCAGUCUCCUUUUUCACCGGUGGUCAUGAAUCCAGGAAGUUAUGGACCACCUUACAUCCCAUACACUGGGUUUCCAGGGUUUGCCCCUCCCCCUCCAGCUAUGCCACCUGUCCAUCUGGAUCUUCAAGACCAACAACCCAUUCAAGAAAAUACAAACCUCAACAAAAAUUUCAAUCAUGUUCCAAAGAAUGAUGUUCCUCCAGCUACCCAAACUGUCGAUGGCAAUUACAUGGAAAGUUUAUACUAUAUUCCCACAGGGAUGAAUUCAAGUCCUAAUCCUGAUCAAGCUUUAUUUUCCCCACCUACAAGUUCUGGUCCUUCUGUGCCUGAAAAGGGAUCCUUCAUUAGGAUGUGACAUGCAGUGCAACAAGGGCAUCUGGGGGAAAAACUGUUUUUGUAUUUCAGAUAAUCCAUUUUUGUUUUGUUUGUCUUUUUAAAAGGUCAAACCAAACCUCACUCCCUAGAAUCUGUGAAAAAGGAAUGACAGGAAGAGGGGGGAAGGCUGGUUGCCUUUAGUUCAGUUUAUUCAGCCGCUUAGGCUCUGAAGACUCAAAGAGGUAACGGGGCACCAAGAGUUUAUAUCACACCUCCCUUGCUUAAUACAUUUGAUUUGAAUAUAAACAUCCCUGGCAGUAAAGGGUUAUAUUCUGGUGCUAAUGAAGCCAAUGGGAGUUUUGGUAUUGACUUCAGUGGGACCAGGAUUCAGCCUAUGAGGUUGUCAUUUGCAGCUGUCAAGUUUGUUUCUCCUAUUAUUAUUUAUUUAUUUAUUUAGUAGAUUUAUAUUGCACCCUUCCUCCCAGUAGGAGCCUAGGGCGGUUUCUUGAGGCAUGCUAUCUAGUAUAUUAUUCUAAUGCUAACUCCAUUACUGAGGGGUCCAGUUAUUCACAACUCUUGACUCUUCUGUAGAAAACAAAUGUUCAUCCAAACUUUUUUGAGAGUUGAUACUUUUGUACAUUAUGCACAAACCACCAAUACUUUCAGGCUCCACUGAUGUUUUCAUGGUGCCUCACUUCACUUUUGCCAUCAGCGCCCAGCUACCCUAGCAGGUUUCUAUCAGUGUAAAUACUUUGAAGAUGGGAGAAUAUAUGUGGAGGGAGCCUGAGAAAAGGAAGCUUGGCUACUCCCCUGAGUUUCACAUUUUACUAGAGCUCCACGUUGAAGAGACUGACAGCAGCCUUGGAUUGGUCUCAACCCUGAAAGCUUCCUUGUGCUUAUAAGAGACUUUCACUAGGUCUGACUUUUCUAAUUUUAACACCACAGUGACGGCAGCAACCACCUAAUGGGGAAUUCUCCUGGCUAUGCAUCUCUCUCAAAGGAGAGCCAGAUUUGGAUCAGGACUGCAGCACAGAAGAUGUUAAUCCUUUCCCUUCAUGCCACUGCCAUGAUCCAUUCCCCUACCGCAAGCUACUACCAGGUGUGGAAGGGAAAGCACAUAGUCACCUCCAUGGUAAAAAAAAAAAAAAAAAAGGCUUUGUGGG